UUUUCAACAUUCGCUAAAUAUGAUGAAAGAAUCAAAUACGAAAGCAUAUAAAAUAAGAACAGAUGUUUUGUCAAUAAAGCAAAACCUCAUUGAUGCAAUUGAGAUUCCUCCAGAAAUUACACAUUCUGCCAAAGGAGUGAGGAAAAGAGCAAACCCAAUCAAGUCAUUGAACCCAAUUACAUUGGAGAGGCUGGACCAGGAGUCCAGAAUGAGAUCUCCCAAAGCUCCUCUUCUGAAAGAAUGCACAAAGAUUCUCAAUGGUGCUGCCAAAUGUAAGAAACUGAGAGAAUUGGAAUUCAAAAACAUUUUCUGCGACUCAGUUACAGAUUCUGUCCUAGGAUGGUCCGUCAAUUCAGAUGGUAUCAUCUCUGCUACUUCUGAUGAAGAUAGUGAGGAAGACUUUGCUAAUCGACUGAAAGAACUAGAAUCAGGCACUAAACUUCGUAGGAAAUCCACAAUGGUUUCCACAUUUGGAUUUAAAAGGCAGAGUUGUAAACUUCAAGCCCAGCGACGUACUAGUAUCGUCAGUAAAUUCCCAAUUGUGACCAUUCCAAAAAUUGCGAUUAAAAGGGAUCCUAAUCUAUCUCCAAUUAAGGAGGACGUUAAAAAGAACUUUGAGCAUAGUGAAAAAGUUAAAAACCUCCUCAAGGUCUGCAACAAGAGAAAAAUUGAUCCUAAAGAAGCUGCUGGUGAAGCUCUUCUCUUCCUAAAUCAACUAGGAAGAAAGCUUUUAAUCAAACAACAACAACGUAUGAAGAAGAGAAUUGCCAAAAAUGUCAGUAUACAAAAUGACAAGAUUGAGAGUGUUACUAGUGACUUAUCUUUAUCUUCUCAGGAAGAGACCAGAAAUACACCAAUUCCAAAGGGGAUGAUGUCUCCAAUCAAAACAAGGAAGCAGAUUCUCAAAACUAAUCUGAACUGCGAACAAAAGAAUACUCUGAAUCUAUGGAGAGCCUACAAGGCGGGAGAUAAACUCUCUUUCAGUUCUGACUCUGAAGGAGGUCAGAGAAACUCUUCUCAAACUCCUGUGAUGAGACAUAUAUUCUUCCAAAAAUCCGGCUCAAAUACUAAAUGCGAAGAUACUAAAAGUUGCACAAAAGUUAGCCAAAAGAAGACGAAGAAGAAAAAGAAGGUGAAGGCCAAAAAGUCGAAGGUUUCAAAAGCUAACAAGAAGUCAAAGACAGGGAUUGAGGAAAAUAUGCUCAAUAAUAUGAUCACUCUAACUAAUAAAGCUAAGAGUGGGGAGAAAUCACCUAAAAAGAAGAAGCAGAAGAAGAAGGUGAGGUAUGGUAAUCCUAAUCGUCACCAUCCCUGCAGUAGCAUAGUUGAAAACCUCAAUGAUAUCCUCAAUAAUAUGGAAGAGCAAAAGCCUAUUGAAGAAGAGAAACCAAGGAAAGGGUCUAUGAGGAAAAUGUCUUGUGAAAUUAGAGGAGAAAAAGAAGUCUCAAGCCCAAAGAAAAGUCCCCGUAAAUCUCCAAAGAAGAUGAGGCAAAGGAGAAGAAGGAUGAAUUCAAAGAAAUCGAUCAGAAAGAUCUCAAAGAAGAAGAGAGAAAAUCCAAAGGGUCCCCUCAAAACCAUGAUGGAUAUUUCUGCAAUCGUAGCAAAUCUUGACGAGGUUCUGGCAUAUGACGAUUCAACAGGAAUGGAGAGUCAGACAGCGACUUUGAAUAGAUUUAACUCGGAAACGAAUAAAUCAGCCAUGCCAAUUCAUUAUAGGAGGUUUGCAUCCUCUUCAAACAUUCACUUUUAAGACCAAAAUAUAGACAUUUUUAGCAUGUUUGCCUGUAUGCAAAAUCUGAGUUAAAUUUAUCAAAGAUUGCGUAUUCGGCAUUCAUGAGCAUUAACUUUUUGUAUAA